CAAUCGUCCCAGCCGGGGAGGGGGACGGGAGUAGUGCUGGGCAGGUAGCCGUGUUGUGCGCCCCUCCGCCCCCCGUUUGGAGCAUUGCUGGGGUAGCCGGAGGGGGAAGCAGAGCCGGCACCAUGCGAAAUAAACAAUCAAGUAUUUUGAAAAAUGAAGAUGCAGCACAAAGGAAAGCAGCACUUGAGGCUACUAUUAGAAAGAAGAUUGAAUAUGAGAAAAAAGCUCUGCAUGUUGUUGAACAGCUUUUGGAGGAAGAUAUAACAGAAGAAUUCCUUGUCACUUGUGGAAAUUGUAUUACCCCAUCUCACUAUAAGGAUGCUGUGGAGGAGCGUUUUAUCAUCAAACUAUGUGGCUAUCCCUUAUGUCGAAAUAGGCUAGAAAAUGUUCCUAAACAGAAGUACAGAGUUUCAACAAAAACAAACAAAGUUUAUGAUAUUACAGAAAGAAAGUGUUUUUGCAGCAAUUUUUGUUACAGAGCAUCUAAAUAUUUUGAAGCUCAGAUCCCCAAAAGUCCAGUGUGGAUGCGAGAAGAAGAAAGACCACCAGACAUAGAACUGCUGAAAAAAGGACAAAGUGGCCAGUCUGGGGAAGAAGUAAAACUUCAUGAUGAAGUCAUUAAAGUCUCAGAUAUUGAAAAUCCUAAGACAUCAACAAGCCAAUGUGACUCUGGUUCCCAUGGUACAUACAGUGACAGCAGUAGUGAUACUGAGCAAGAAUUUGUUUCAUCUAUUCUACCAGGAAGCCAAUUAAAUGUAACCACUCAGGUGCAACCAUUGCACAAAAAGAAUAUACUCACAAACAAACAUGGUCAGAAUAUAAAUUCCAUGCAUAGAGAUGGAGACCAUAGGGUGAUAAAUGUCACCAAACAAUUAAGUGAGUGCAAAUUAGAUAUCAAGGAAAAAAAGAGUAUUAGUCCUGUUAGCAUUCAAAAUAAAGUAACUGACAUUUCUUCAGACACUAUAAUGUCUGCAAAUUUAGAAAAUACAGAAAACUGUGAUAAUAGCUGUAGUGGUUCACAAGUAGUUUUGCUAGGUGUGAGCAAAAAGGGGGCAGAACAACUGAAAAAAAUACUUGCUAAAUCAAAACAUAUCAAACCUGAAUUGAAUGCACCGAUUGAUUCUCUUGCUGCUACACGUAAUUUGUUGGAUGUGCUUAAGCAGACUUUUAUUGAAUGGAGGACUGAAGAAACUUUAAAAUUUCUCUGUGGUUCCAAUUAUACUGCUCUACACUUACUGGAACACACAUCAGCUGUUAAAUGUGAGAGAGAAGAACUUGAUGAGGAUGACUUAGAAACAGCAGAUGACUUUUAUGAUGAUGCAGCUGUUGCAAGGGAAUCUAAACUCAGUUUGAACCAGUCUUUGCCUUUUGGGGGCUUAGGUGCAAUAGCUAAACCUUUGCCUAGCUAUGGAAAGCUAAAAGAAGAAACAGAACUAUUAGGACUAAGAGUAAAGGAAUUCUAUAAAGGAAAGUGCCUCUUGGCUGAAGAAGCAACAACACAGGUGAAAGAAGUGGAGCAUCCUAGCAGUGUUAAAGAUGACCAGCAGGGUGAUCCCAUUCUUCCACUUGUAGAUUCUCAUGCCCAAAAGCAGAUUCGAAAGCAGAUUGUACUGGAAAAAUUGAGAAAAGUAUUGCCUGCAGUUUUGGGCCCUCUUCAGAUUACACUGGGUGAUGUUUACACGGAGCUGAAAAACCUUGUCAAAACUUUCAGCAAGAAGAAACAAAUCACUGGGUCUUUUCUCCAUUCAUACCUGGACUUUUGCUGCAGCAGUGGCUGGUCACAAAUACUGCCUCAUGGACAUGAGGAUAAAACAAUGCAUUGGACUCCAAUUCUGUGAUCACUUGUAUGACCAGACUUAACUUUACUCACAUGAGUAAUCUCACUGAUUCAACAACAUACAAGGGAUAGUUAAACAAUUUGCUGAAGUACUUGGAAGAUUCAGGUUUUUAAAGUAUCACUUGAUAUGUUAUGGGGAUUAAAAUGCUGAAUAAAAGAAUAAGUGGGCAUCUCUGAUAAAUAUAAGUUCUUAUGCUUUCUGCACUGGAAGUACUUCAGUCUGAAAAACUGCUGAAGGUCCAUUAUGGAGGAUAAAAUGCAUGGUCAUAAUGUGGGAGAGUUUAGCUAAAGGAGGGUAAAAGAAAACGUGAACUGAGCAACAGCUAUUUUCUGCUCCAUUGGUUUUUAAAGAAACACUUGCAGUUCAGCCUCUUUUGAGCAGCAUUUUGUUCAAUCACCACUGCUGAAAAGCGCUCUAAAGAGUUCUCUGGAGACAUUUCAGAUGUUUAUAGUUCUUCCCAAGCAAAGUCCCUCAGUGUCUGCAAGCUUUUGUUAUGAAAACUGAGAUGUCAAAUAACUCUCCAGAGUCUGUCAGGGCACUUUGUUAAAGUCCAAGAGGAAAUGUAGUUAUUUACAUAGAAAUCUAGGUUGAAUGAUUAAGGGAGUAAAAUAAAGGGACCUGAUGGGAGAGGUAAUAUCUUCUAUUGAACCAAUUCUCAUAAAACUGAUAUAAAUACUUUUUCAUCCAAUGCACAAUCAGCUCAUAGAAUUCAUUGUCCCGAGUUACCACCAAAAACAAGAGCUUAGCAGGAUUUUUUUAAAAUUAUCGGAAAAUUUAUACAGAUAAUGAGACUGUCUAGAAUUGUUAUAGUAUGAAAACAAAAUAGGCAUUUGGAUAUAAACAUUUAUGCUCUUCAGCACAUAAGCCAGUCCCUAUCGGAGGUAGGAAGAAACUUUUCCAAGGGCAUGUUAUCCAGUAACUGCCUAUUGGAGUUUUCUUGUACCUUCAUCUGAAUUACCUGCACCUGGCCACAUUUUGAAACGGUGUACUGGAUCUGAUUCAGUAUGGCAACUCCUAUGUUUCUUGGCAGUUAAUCUGUAACCAUUUCCUUUCAAGGUGACCACCUAACUCUCAGCGUAAGGGGAGGCAGUACAUUCUGUCCCUGGGAUAAGCUAGCCCUGGUAUUGUUUAAAAGAGCGUCCUUUCUGAAAAUUCUGGAUUGUUGUCUGAACCAAGUUUUGGCCCAAAAGCAUGGUGAAUGUGCUUGAAUCUCAUCUCCCAUUUGUUGUACCCUACUCCUGUUAAGAGGCAAGGAUCAAGCAUUAUACCAUUUCUUGCCAGAGGUGUAUCUGAUCAUUAAUGACUCAGGCAGAUGACCCUGAUUUAAUAAAAAAAAAUGUACCGAAGUAACAUGAUAGAUGAUUGGCAUUUUGAUGCUAAAAUAAGGUUCCCAAACUCCUGGCCAGUGGGUCAUUUAUGGGCCAAAACAUAUUUGCAGUCCAGACU